AUGGAGCGAGCCAUGGCGAGCGCAUGCGUACAGAUGUGUGAUCCAGAUCCGGGUGUCGCCAGAGAUGCCUGUAAAGCGCUGUUGACCUUGUCACCGCCGCUUCUGUCGGCACCGUGUCAGUUCGACCAGGUGCUGGCUCCUGUCCUUGCGAGGCUUUCCGAACGUCCUUCUCCGUGCUCUGGCUUGCUGGAGGACACCCUCAAACUGCUGUUGAUUUUACUCGAGAGCGAAAACGGAAACCUGCCGGACAGGAAGCAACGUGUUUUUCCCUUGGUUUGCGAACGACUCUUGGCACUGCUAGAGGAUCUGCUCAGGGAAGAUGCAAGGACUGCCCAAGCAGAGGAGAUCGUCCUGCAAAUCCUGCAAGCAUCUCGGGUUCUCAUCGCCAGCUGGUACGUUUCAAGCAACAGCGAGCUGCCUCAAGUACAGCUCGGGUAUCUGGCUCACUUUGCUGUUCAACUGCUCAGCAGCGGCAUGUCGAAGGGCCGACCGUCUCGCGACCAGAUAAUCUCAAGUGUGCUGGUUUUGCAAGCAAUGGCAGAGGCAGAUGCAGAUAUGCUUGCCAACUUCUACCCAGGGGUUUGCACAGCACUUGUAAAACUGUUGCUCCAAGCAGGCAAGGAGUUCAAAGUAGGUUUCAAGAUUGUGAUUGUAAGCUGCAGAUGUUUAGGCGAAUGGAUAUGCGCGGUUCUGGGAAGCGCACCUAAUGCAGAGCUACUUGCAGCAGCACACAAGCGGACUCCAUUGACUCUCGCCGAAUUGUUUCGCCAGCACAACAACCCCGAUGGUGAAGAGGACGUUGCGGAGAAGCUCCCGCCUCGAACCCGAAGCAAGACUAAGACUGUGCUGCCUCAGCUGAAUCGAAACUCGGCAUGGUUGGAGGAGACCAGUCUCCAAACUUCAGAAGCCUUGGUUGCCGUUCUGCGACAGGCAGAAGUUGCUGCAGAAACUUUGUGGGCUGAGAAGCCGACUGUUAGGCUGGCAUUUCUUGACUUAUGUACCACGAUUUUGAGGCAUUGUGGAAGAAGUGUUACCGGCGAAGCUGUGGAAGCCUGCUUUGAAGUUGUCUUGGCCGGCUUGUCGGAUGAGUCGCAAGUUGCGCGGGAGGCGGCUAUUGCAUUUAUGCAGGAAAUGCUCGCCAGAGGGUUCGGAGAGGAGCCGUCAGUGCAGGUUCGAGGUCGAAUCGUUGAGUGGCUGGUCAAACUCGCCAGGGACCUUUCUUCGGCAUCUUCCAAAUCAGAGGGUGCCAGACAUGUCCCAAAGCGUCUUGCGCGUUUGGCUGGAUUGCUAAGCUUCAUCGAAGAUGCGAUGAAUCGGGGGACUGGGAAGAUAGCUUGGCAAGUCCCGGGUGCCCUCGUGCAUCAAGUCUUGGAGCCGGCAUUUCAGGCUUCGAGUCUUGAAGCUUCUAGCUUGCAGAAUCUCCUUCGGGACGAGAGGCCACUGAAGUCAGUGCCCGGAAGCGCUGUAAGCAAUGCAGAGCAUUUGGUCAAGCUGUUCCCGUACGAUUUGGACGAUAUGAGCAUGGCUGGAGAAACCCCUGCCAGGUUUGAUGCAGGGGAGCUCAUGGGCCCAUCAACACAGCAGGAGGUACACACUUGGUUGCUGCGAGCUAUGAAACUGGCCGGAGGUGAUGUUAGUCUCGCGCGGCAGCUAAGGACGGUGCUAGGAAGACUGGGCAGAGUGGCCGGUAUUGAAGGUAUAAUGGCCUUGAUUGCAGAAGAUGCAGAGUGCUGCUGGCAUGUGGAGGUGCAGACGCUUGAAGACCCAUUCCCCUUGUUCCCAUCACAUGCGAUUUCAGCAAGCCAGCUCGCAAGUACGAAAGAUGGGUCGAAACAAAGGCGCAUGUCAGCUAUGUUUGCUUUGGCUGCUUUUCUCGAUGCAUGUGAAGCUGGAGCCUUCACGCAGCCUCCAGCAUGGUUGGCCGUGCAGAGUCUUUGCAUUGGACUUGCCGGAAGAAGUCUCGCCGUGAGUGGAACCUGCCCGGAGUCCAGGCUGCAAGUGCUCUGCGCACAUGCUUUGAUGGUCUCUGCGAUGCGAUCCCUCGCCUUGUCCGGGCAGCCAGUGCACCGCCAGGUGAAAAGGCUACUGAAGCCGCUCCUGGAAGACUUGGCCAACGCAUCCCUGGUGAUUUCCACGGCAAGCCAUGGUACCUUGACCACUCUGCAUGGGCUCCUGGUGGAAGAAGGCACACUGCGAACAUCUGGCUGCAAAGUUGGGGCGUUGCUGGCCAGCUAUGCGGACUACCUGGCCGGGGACGUGUGCUUCCAGCUGCGCUUCGGAACCUGUAGCCAACAGUCCCUUCCACUGUUGCUAACUGCAAUUGUUCAGCACGCCAGUCUGGAGAUGACUCCCUUCCUGGUUGACGUGGUUCAUGCACUCCUGACUAUGGUGUCUGCGAGCGAGAAGUCCCUCUGGGUCCUCCGCAUCCUGGCCAGCACAGUUCAACGUCUGGCCUUGAUCAUAUGCGAGAAGCGACUGGAAACCGCAGGGUCGCGAUUCCGGUCAGAGGAUGUCUCUGAGCCCAAGUUAGUCACCACGGCGGUCUCCGCUUUCUUUUCUGGAGUCCUCCUUCCAUGGAAGCCGCCGCGCCGCCGUGAUGGUUUUUUCCUGCAUGACCUCGGUCAGCACCUGGAUGAAGAUGCGGAGGAGAUGGAAGAUGAAGCGACCGAGCGCGAGGCGCCAGCCAAAGGGAGGUAUGAUCAGGAACGCCGUGUCGCUGCCAGCAUCGUUUUGUGGGUGAGGCAUUUUUUGCAGUCUCCGGAUGCCGUUCCUCGUCAUUUAGCUCAUGUUGCUGUCAUUCAUGGGCUCACGGUCCUCUCAACGCGGGUGAAGGACCUUUUGCCGCAUGUGCACAGUGUUUGGCAGCACAUGACACCCUCCUUUUCUGACGGUGUUGCGAUGGCAGUGCUAGCAGAUUCUUGCGUCCUUCUCAAGCACAUGGCCCGCCUCUCGGGUGAUUUCAUCAAGCGUCGGUUUCUCAGCGAGUGUUGGCCCGGGAUUUGGCACAGUCUCAAAACAACAGAAUGUGCAAAGACUUCGCCCGAGUGGUCUUCCACAAUGAAGAUGCAAUGGGCAGCGCUCGACGCUCUCGUCUUUCUGGCAGGAGAUUCGUCUUUGGUGAGAGGGAUUUCGCAGCAGCUGAUCGCUUUGGCGAUCAAGUUUGCUAACCCCUCGGCUGCCAACAGCUUGCGAUCGCUGGCAUGGAGCUUAUUUCAGCAGAUGGCCAAAGUAGACCCGGAUUUGCUUUGGAUGUAUGUGCAGGCAUUGGAACCGUCACGAUGCGGCCACUAUUUAGACUGGCACGGCAGCCUGCUGCUAGAAGAGGUGGCCGGGGAAGACUUGCUGCCAGAGGAUAGAGUUCGGCUCAAAGACAUGGUGGAUUGUGAAGACUCUCAGCCGUGCUGCCCGCGAGUGGCCCUCGGUGUCGGAGGAGGCCUUUGGUCUGCUGCGCUUGUGAGGUGCUUCUACAUCUCCAAAAAAGAGUUAGCUUUCCUGGAGGCAAAUGUUCCGAAGCAGCAGAAGAAGUCUAGCCAAGGCCAGCAGCCAGAUCAAGAUGGAUCAGGACUUCUGGGCAUGCCUAUGGCUGUGGGACUGCAUCAAAGCCUUUGGGCUGUGUUCUUUGCCCACAUUGCAUUCAACUACGGUGCGUACUACCUGACCAACUGGAGCCCGACCUACUACAGUGAGGUCCUCAAGCUGACACCAGAGCAGGCGAAGUACCACCUCAUGCUGCCCCAUGUGACAAACCUGAUAUGCAAAUCGGUGAAUCCUUUGCUGGUGAGGCUGGUUGAGAGGAGAGGCAUCAGCCUGCUGUCAAUGCGACGUCUUUUCACUGCAUCUGGCUUUUUGCUGGCCGCUCUUUGCUUGCUGCCGGUGUACCGCUUGCGUGGUCACAAUCCGUGGGUCUCCACCGCACUAUGCAGUGCUGCAAACGCCUUUUUCGGCCUAGCCCCAUGUGGGUUCAAGGCGAACUACUUGGACAUCACCGAAAAGUACGUUGGGGUCAUCAGCGGAUAUGGCAACACUCUUGGAACCGUUGCGUCCUGGGUUGGGCCACAAUUCGUUGCUUUCUUGCUUCACCAUUUUCAAAGUUGGGACGUAGUCCUGCUCUCUGUUGCGCUUGUGAACAUCGCGGCUGCCAUCAACUACGUUCGCUCCUCGACUGUGAUGCCGUUGGAGAGGUCACUGCACAAAACGGAGAAGGCAGCAGAGCCAAAGACCGAAUGA